CUUGUUUUUAUGUGGCGGUAGAAAGGCAGAGGAAAAGUAGGAAAAUGUGCAUGUUGGGAGUGUAAUUAGCAGAUGAAAAUAGUUGAAAUUUUCGCAUAGAGUCCGCCAACAUUUGUGCCAGAUCAACAAGUUACAAUACAAAUCAAGUGCGCGCUUAUCAGUGAUAAUAUUCGAUUGUGAAGGAGAUAAAGGACAGGGGGUCAAUUUGCUUAUCAGCCAUUCCGGAAAGAAGACAGUCUCGGGAAGGAGCAAAAAAUCGCUAUCACCAAUCCGGUGGCACAACGAUGUGUUUGGAUAAGUUCUGGAAUCGUUCUCCAGUUGUUUAUUUGGCACAAUUUACAGCAUUCUUUCACGUAUAAUCAAGAGAUAUACCAAGUCAUAACAUUAUAGGGCUGAGAUUUGCCAGUCUGUUUCAACCCUUCGAAAGGAUGCGUUAUGAGUACCAGCUGCUCCAGCAGCAAGAUGCCAACGAACGCAGUCAAGCGCCGGCCGGAUCUCGCCGCAAAUCAAAUUCCAAAGUGGUCGCUAACAACCUCCGGUUCUCGUUCUUUUGCCUGGUAGUUAGCGCGUCGCUGCUGAUAUUCCUGUUCCUGGCAUACACUGACUCAUUUCACCCGAUCGUCGACACCAUAGCUGGAAAGCUGGGCUAUCAUGAGAAAACGUACGCCGUUGUAAUCGAUGCCGGUUCCACCGGAAGUCGAGUGUUGGCGUUCGAAUUUCAUCGAGGUUACCUGGAUGGGCGAUUGGUACUGGAUUACGAAUUAUACAAACACUCAAAGCCAGGACUAUCCGCGUUUGCUGAUAGACCGGAGGAGGGUGCGGCCACCAUUGACAAGCUUCUGCAGGAGGCUAAACAUGUGAUACCCAAGGAGAAGAUGGCUACCACACCGCUAGUUUUGAAAGCCACGGCCGGACUCAGGCUAUUGAAACCCGAACAAGCCGAAGGAUUGCUGCAAGCUUGCAGAGAUUUGUUCGAAAAGUCGGGAUUCUUAGUGAACGAUCAAUCGGUAGAGAUUAUGGAUGGCACAGAUGAGGGAAUUUUCUCGUGGUUUACAAUCAAUUUCUUGCUGGGAAAACUAAACGGACGUAACACGGUAGCAGCUUUGGAUCUUGGCGGUGGAAGCACACAAGUCACUUUUGCUCCAAAAGACAUUUCCCAAACCCCAUUGUAUAAAAAUUUCAUGCACAAAGUUCCUACCGUUAACUCGCAUGUUGACGUUUUCACAACCAGUUAUCUGGGAGCCGGGCUCAUGGCCGUCCGACUUGCCGUUUUCACAAACGGUGCACAAGAGGGGCAAACGAAGCUGGCCAGCGAUUGUGUCAAUUCCAUUGUUAAGGACAAAUUGUUCCGAUACGGUACGGAGCAAUACUAUAUAAGCGGUAAGGAGAAUCCCAAAGCAACGGCCGAAAAUCCUGAGGUCGAUUACGAACAGUGUGCUUCGAUCGUGCGCAAGAAGUUGCUACCGACGUUGAAUCCGAAACCGGUUACGUUGAAGCAGCACGAGAUAUCCGCGUUUAGCUAUUUCUUCGAUCGGGCCAUUGAAACUGGAUUAGUGGAUCCCUUCCAGGGCGGCGAGACGACGGUAGGCCAUUUCAUUACCCGUUCUCGAGAGGUAUGCGCCGAUGCCAACACAGAUCAGCCUUUCAUGUGCGUUGAUCUCACUUUCAUUGCCGUGCUGCUGGAAGAAGGAUACGGUCUCAAGCCAAAGACUCCACUAAAAUUAUACAAGAAAAUUGACGGACACGAGAUCUCGUGGGCACUGGGAUGUGCAUACAGCAUAUUGACCAGCAACAAAAGUUCCCAACUGUAGUAAACUGAAGAAAUUCAACGAAUCGCGUGCAUCGAGAAACAACGAUACAAUCAACAAAACCACCUAACAUACCGGAACCGAAACAAAUCUACUGGGAUAAGGGUUUAAAUUCGAGGAUAUUUUCAAUCAUAAGUUUGUCAUAAGUUGUUGUUCUGGAGACUCUUGACUAGGGCGACGAAAAGCAGGAUCAACUAUUUUGUAUCCAUAGUCAAAUAAUUUUUGAUAGAUCCAAUUUUAAAGCAGUUAAUUUUUCUAUACAGGAAAACAAUGUUUUCAGAUUUGGAUUACUUUAUACCCCAAACAAUUUAUAUCACACAGAUGAUGUAGUAAAAAGACAGAAUAGACAAAAUAUACCUUAAUGUGCCUUAACGAACACGAUAACAGAUAGGGAUAAAUCGUAUUUUUAUUUUACUACACACACAUAGUAAAAAAUAUGCCUUUAUCGUAGAAUUUGUUGUCAGUUAAUGUGAGUAGAUUUGUCACACCAAAAUGGUAGCUUUUAGAUAGUCUGCACCCGUCGCAUAAAGAUAGUGAUGUAUUUUCCAUUAGAAAUCUAUCCAUAAAUUACAUUCCCCAGAGAGAAGCGUCCUACUUAGCAAACGUUAUUCUAAUUGAUGUCGCUCACUUACUAGUCUUGAUGCACUGCUUCUAGUAAUAACAUGUAGAAAAAGGAGACAGUUUUGAGGAAUCAUAAAUGCCUGCAAAUAAAUACCCUUCGAUAAUAGAGUGGAUUCAGAUGGUAGUUUGCUCGUACAGCAAGGUCUGUUUGAUAGCAAUUUUUAUGUGAUAUACGCAAACGCGCUCAGAGCGCAACGUCAACAACUCAAUGAAACGUGUCGUCGUAGAUGUAGUUAUUUAUCUUUGAAAAUGGCACUGAGAAAACUGUUGUGAAAAUCUCUUUCAAUCAUGCACCGAAACAAAACGAUUGUUUUAUGUGAAGAUAUAAAAUAAACUCAGGUCGUAAGUGAAACGAAAGAUUAGUGUAAA